CGUACAUAGCACCACUACCACCAUCACCAUCACCACCACCACCAUCACCACUACCACCACCACCACCACUACCCUUACCGCCCGACGAUCAGCCAAGAUGCCCGCCCUGCGUGAACGAGACGGGCGCAACCUGUGGCUGAUCCUGACCGGCGCGCCUCCCUUCGUCCGGAAAUCCAGCCACGCUCCAUCCUCAGAGCGCCUCCAGUGUCAUUCCAACCGUACGGUUGUCUACGUCGCCGAUCUUUCGCCGAGGAUAUACCCCAAUUCGCGACGUGUGCGACGUGCGAAUCGUUGUCGUGGUCGUCGUCGACGUCGACGUCGGCGACGGCGAUGCGCUUCGGAUGCGGGUACAUCGGUGUAGCGAGGCAAGAAUCGCGCGCGCAGAGCGCCGAGACGCAAUCUCCUCCGGGGUUGAUAAUGAGCGCGUCGGUGUCUGGAGUGAUCGUGAUGAAACUUUAACCACCGACGAUGCGAUUAACGCGAGCUUAGCGGCUGUGCACACGAGUUGAUUGCGAGCAACGACGGGGCGGCAAAAUUGCGCGGAUGCUGCCGCGGAAAGGCAGAGCGGCCGGCACGUCUGGACCGGCGCGAGUAAAAGAGAACUGCGUUUAUUAAUGGAGGACGCGCGAUCAGCCGUCCUGAUCGGCCGCGUGACCAAUGACUUGUGAUUAAACUGCGAUCGACAACGAUCGGCAACGACUGUUCCUCAAGAAAACGAACACCGGAUACUGCUGAUCAACGAUUAAGUGCGAUCGAAGAAUGGUAUAAGUUGGUUGAAUAUUGGACACGGAGUAGAAGACUGAUUAAUUACUGUUGAUAAUUUGUAAAAGUACAUUUCAUCGAGAGCUUCGUAAUUUAUAAUUAUUUUACAUUACGUCAAGAACGCACAUGCUCGGAUGACAAGGAAAAGAAGAUAAAACUUUCCGAAUAGAAGUGACCUGAGAUUAGAUCCUUCCACAUUGAAUUGAUGUAAGAUCACGCACAAAGAAAAUAUUUUAAAGUACCAUUUUUAUUCAUUAAGAUACACGCCUCACUGGAAAAAGGUACAUACAGUCGCACUUUUUUUCUAAGAAUGCUCUUAGUGACCGUAUAAAUUAGAUCGUUGCAACAUAUCGCAAUAUUGGGACCAAUGCGAAUGCUGUCGAUAUGAGAUGCUCGUGCAUGUACUGUGCCGACACGGAGCCUUAAAUGAAUUACGACUACCGAGAGUAGUUCAAUAUAAUUUUCGACGUGAGGAAUAAAUCCUUUAUAUAAGAGGAGAACAAUCGAUAUCAACGUGAAAACAACGGUAUAUCUGAAAAAGUGAAGUCCGCGGCCUUUAUAACUAAUGUUUUGAAUGUUUUGAAUAGUGUAAAGUGAUUACAAGGCACCGAUAUCACAUCAACAACAUUGAAGCAUGCCAUUUGACAGAGUACCUUGAGCAACCGAGAAGAGAUCUUUUACGUGAAGGUCCAAUUUCGCUGAAUAAAGUUGGCUGAAGUAGAGAGAUAGAUAAAAGAGUAAAACUAAAAUGCGGAAAGGAAGUCCACGAAGGGAUAGCAGUGAGAAUAUCCGACUGGAGCCUUUGUCCAGGACUCCUAGACAAACGGAAUCCACCGAUGCUGCAGAAGAUGCAAAAACACCGCUGAAACAUGGCACGAGAAAAACAUGCGAUUCGGGAGAUAGCAAUGCUGGACUGCACAGACGUAAUUUUUACGAACGCGCGAAUGAAGUCGUCAGGUGUUCCGAGAGAAAGACGUAUUGCGUACUUUGUAUCUGUUGUUUGGUGCUUAUCGUCACAUCGCUCAUCAUCGCUUUGGCACCUCUACGAAAUGGUUGCACAUGUUCUGAAGAAGACUCGAAUAAAACUGCGGGUGAUAAAAAGGAUGCUAUACCUCUGAUGGACAACGGGGAGGUGUUUCCAUGGGAUAACAUAAGAUUACCUGCAUAUGUGCAUCCUACUAGGUAUAAUAUCACGAUGCAUCCAAAUCUUACCACUUUAGAAUUUAGAGGACGAGUCACAAUAGAAUUCUAUGUCGAUGAAGAGACCAAGUUUAUCGUCUUCCACAGUAAAAACUUGACAAUAAAAGAACAAAUAGUCAAAGAAGGUCAAGAAGACAUGAAGAUCGCAAAAUUGCUCGAAUAUCCGAAGCGUGAACAACUAUAUCUGGAAGUGGAGGACACAUUUCAAAAAAGGAACAACUACACGCUAUUCCUGAGUUUUAACUCGACAUUGAACACCACUGAACUUAAAGGAUUCUAUUUCAGCAGUUACAGCACUCCCGAAGGAGAACAAAAAUAUUUGGCCACUACUCACUUCGAACCGACAUACGCGCGUAUGGCUUUUCCAUGCUUUGAUGAACCACAAUUCAAAGCUAAAUUUAAGGUGUCGAUAUACAGAGACAGAUUUCACAUCGCGUUAUGUAAUAUGCCCGUGAUAAAUACCGAGGAGGCUGGAUUUUACUUGGGCACGAAUCUUAAUAAUGUUACUUCUCAGUUGCGCGACGACUUCCAAGAGUCCUUAGAGAUGUCGACCUAUUUGGUGGCCUUUGUAGUAUGCGAUUUCGUACGGAUCUUUGAACUAACCAAGAGAAAUACAUCUGUGAGCGUGUACGCUGCAUCACACAUGCUUCCGCAAACGAAGUAUGCCAUGGCCACCGCGGCUCGCAUCAUGGAUUAUUUUGAAUCUUUCUUUGGCAUAUCUUACCCCUUGCCAAAACAAGAUCUGAUAGCAAUUCCCGACUUCGCGUCAGCUGCUAUGGAAAAUUGGGGCCUAAUCACUUUCCGAGAAUCGUUCCUAAUGUAUGAUCCACAAGAAACGUCUGCCGAAAUACAAGAAUAUAUUGCCGUCCUAAUGGCCCAUGAAUUAGCUCACCAGUGGUUCGGCAACCUUGUCACGAUGAAAUGGUGGAACGAUAUCUGGCUGAAUGAAGGCGCAGCCACAUUCUUCGAGUACAAGGGUGUGAAUCAUAUUUGGCCCGAGUGGGGUAUGAUGGAUUUAUUCAUUUUGCACAAAACACAACGAGCGCUCGAGCUUGACGCCCUGGCCAAUAGUCAUCCAAUAAGCGUACCCGUUGAAAACCCCACCGACAUAGAAAGCAUAUUUGAUACCGUCAGCUAUUUCAAAGGCGCUUCCAUUCUUUACAUGCUGGAGAGAGUCUUGUGCGAGAACGUUUUCCAGCGCGGAUUAAAUGAUUACCUGAAUUUACACGCGUAUGGAAACACAGUGACCAACGAUCUGUGGACGGUUUUCACGAAACACACGAGAAACUCAUCUGUCGGUGCCGAACUCGACGUAAAAAUAGUAAUGAACACUUGGACUCAACAAACGGGCUUUCCACUUGUAACCAUCACUCGUGAUAAUAACACUAUCACGGCGACCCAAAAAAGAUUUCUCAUUUCGCCACAAAAAAACGGAGCGAACAUUUCGCAACCCAAGUCGCCGUUCGACUACAAAUGGUACAUCCCGUUGAACUGCUACACAGACAAGAUACCGCCGGUUCUCAUGGAGGUGUGGAUGAAUAUGACCAACGCAACGUUCGAAAUAUCGCCCGAUGUCGAUUACAUAAAGUGCAACAUCAAUCAAACUGGCUUCUACCGAGUUAAUUACCCGAAGGAGAUGUGGACCUCAAUUAUCAAAACUUUGAUGAAGAAUCACACUGUAUUUAGUGCAGCUGAUCGUGCGAGUCUCAUCGAUGAUGCAUUUUCACUUUGCGACGCGGGCGAACUGGACGCCUCGACUCCAUUGGAACUCUCGCUUUACCUUGUUAACGAAAGAGACUACGCGCCAUGGGAAACGGCGCUCCGGUACUUAAACUUUUGGAAGAAACGACUGGGUGAGAGUGAAGCGUACAAGAAAUAUUUGUCAUUCUUUAAACAGAUAUUGGAUCCGAUUACAAGAUACAUUAGUUGGAAGGACGAGGGAUCUCAUUUGCAAAAAUUAUUAAGGACCAUAGUACUGAUAUCCGCCGUUGAACUACAAAUGGAUAACGUGGUAAAGUCUGCGAAGGAUCUCUUUCAGGAUUGGAUGCUGAAAGGCAAACGUAUCCCGCCCAAUAUACGAAAUAUCGUUUACAUGGCAGGUGUGAAAUUCGGGGAGGAAGAUGUGUGGCAACAUUGCUGGCAAGUUUAUCUCAAGACGCAGAUACAAAGCGAGAAACUAGUAAUGCUGCAAGCUCUGGGUGCAGCGAUGGACCCUUGGCUACUUAAACGUUAUCUGCGCUACUCGCUGAAUCGGGAUCUGAUUAAGUCACAGGAUGUUAACGCUAUUAUAGCGUCCGUUGCUGCUAAUCCUCAGGGACAUUACUUGGCUUGGCGCCACAUUAAAGCUUACUGGCCGCAAAUAGAAGCCUUAUACGUGAACGAGUCGCUUUCGAUAAGUGAUCUCAUACUUAGCCUCGUCCCUGAUUACUUUAUUACGGAAUAUGAUUACCGCGAGGUAUCGGGAUUCUUUAAACAACACGACGUUCGCAGCGGUAAUCGCAGCCUGCAACAAAGCUUAGAAAUGGUAAAAUUCAAUAUCCAUUGGGUGAAGAAAAAUGCUAAAAGCGUGAAUAAAUGGCUCAUCGAAUACUUUACGGGAACGACUGCUGCGAGUUAACCGUUAUCCAUUGAAAAUGGGACGAGAAAAAACCGACUUGUAUGUUUACUCAUGCCAUUAUGGCUGAUUUUUCUACAGUUCUUAUUUACACGCGAGAUACGAAAAUCCUUAAGAGAUACAAAAAUAAGACAAGUCCAUAAAAUUAAAAUGCUCACUAUUACUUAAGGGGCAUAAAGAGACUCUCAUUCAUCAUUUAGAUAUAAAAUACAUCAAGAGUCAUUUCCGUCACUUUUGUUAGGAGAUCGUUUCCGCCGGACAAAACAUAGAAUUUAGAGGACGACCAUGAAACAUAUAAGAACAAAUUGUUUCCCUUGGGAAUAAAAGAUAUCUUUGGCAGGGAAAGAAACUCCUAUCUCCUGUACAAAAUUUAUGAUCAUAGUUUUCUCGUCGGAAUAGAUUUCUUAACAAGAAUAAAUGAAGCCGAAUUGUUCGUACGUAAUAAAUUAUACAACGGAUUUAUACCGCACUUUCGAAAGUAUUUAUUUAUGAACAUCGCGUGUCUAUUGGAUCACUAAGCGUAGAAAAAGACAAUGACAGCGCAGACAUCGUUGAUCCUAGAGUAGUCGUUUACCCAAUAUUUGGCAGGUAAUAAGAGCUAACGACGUACGCCUACGUCGACAUUGAGAGCUUUAGUCUCUCGACUCAACCGUACUUUAUUGAAACAAAGGAAGCAAUGGUAAUAAUCUCCAAGUGAUGUCUAAGUCCCAUAUAUAUAUAUAUAUAUAUCUGAACCAUCCAACAAGUCAUCCAAUAAGUCAUUACUUUAAAGGACGGAGUCGAGCUUGCGACAAGUUUGUCGAAGAAAACGCUAAUUAUACUAUUUGCGUAUAUACUCGUGUGCAAUAAGUUUAACUUUACGAUACAACGUUACAAGCGUAUCUAGAAGUAAUAGAAUUAUCAUGAAUGUACGAAUGAUCGUCCCACAAGUUUUAAGUAGCAUAUCAAUAUGCGGCAAAGAGGUGUGACACGCUAAAUUGUUCGGAUCUGUGCCUCACAAGCAUCAUCCAAAACAAAAUCAAGACACAUCAAGCGUUGAGGAGAAGCCUCUGCCGCGAGCCAGCUGAAUGUAUGUCAAACUAAUUAUAAAAGAAAAAGAUUUGAUGUAUCGUGUGUAUUGCGUAUUGGUGUCUGUUAGAGGUGGAGGCGCAGGAUACGUCUCGCGUGGUUGAUCGUUCUCCACGCGAAGUAGCAUGUAAUAGAGAAUAUAUUGGAUAUUUUAUUAUGAAACAGUGGAUAAAUUUAUAUAAUCUAAACAACGCGCUUUAUAUAUGGUGUGCAUGUAUUAGUAUAAGAGAGAUACGUGUGCUGUGUUUGAUCGACUACUUUGUAAAGCGUUUAGGUGCUGGCGUACGUAAGAUCGCUGAAUUUCACUUAGGACCUUGUGAACGUUACAGUUUUCGCGUUGUUUUAAUUCUAAGAAAUAUUAGUUUUUAUAAUAAUUAAGUUUUGAUUAAAACCUAAUUUUAAAGUAGAACAUGUAUAAAUCCUGCAAUACGAUUGAAGCAAUUAUGCUUGAGUCAUUACUUUCCGUUUGUACAGUUGAUUUCUCGGACAAUAAAUCCCAGAAGAUAGUGAGACAUAUAUUAAUAAAUGUUUAACUAUUAUACUUUAAUUGCUUCAAUAAUUUAAUUUAAUUUCUUGAUAUCAAGGUUUAGAAAUCUAGAUUUAUUAUAUUACUACAUAAAACUACUCGCACAGAUACAAUAGAAUGAUUAUACAAGAUAAUAACUUCGUAAGAUAUUCAGACAUAAAGAUCUGCGAAAUAUCUAAUCAGGAAGAACAAACCUGAUCACAAAACGAAUAUCUGCCCCAAUCAGGAAAAACCUUUAUAUGCAUUCAUCUUAUUUUUAUUUUACAAACAUCUUUUCAUUUUUUACUUUUGAAAACUUAGUGGUUUAUCGAAUCUAGAAUUUGCGUGUUCCUCGAAAAAGAAACCAGUCAGAAUCGAAGCACUUGUUAGUUAAACGAAACACGUCGUUAUCACGCUCAAACGUACAGGACGCGACAGUAUUUCGAUAUUUUCUAGAUAUAAGUCUCUACUGCCGUUUAUACACUUGCUUUUUAUAAUUACCGACGCUCAUCACAAAAUAGCAAUAUUUCCUCAAUAUUUAUUACCUGUUAACAUGAUUCGAUACUACUCUAUUUCACAUCGCAUAAUUCUCUGUGUUCGUUGCAUUUACAUUACGAUUCUCUGAGUGAACUCUCACAAUCAGAGAUAUAUACAUAUACAGAUAUCUAUGCGUACGUAUAUGAAAAAAAUCUGUAAAUAACGGCAGCAUGAAGUUUUCAUUAUUCCAUUAAGUAGAUUUUGAUACACUCCAAACGGCGAAUUAAAUGAAUCGACGCACAAUUAGAUAUUUUACAUGUAAAUAGCAUAUUUUUUCACUAACGGAACUCUCUCGUUAAAGAGUUAAUGAGCGAUAAUCGCUUCGGGAUUUAUCUUUAGAGAAGCGCUCGCUCGUAAAACCAUGCGAGUUGCGAACCGAUUGGCCUAUUUUAUAAUGUUCUUACGAGCGAAAGUACUCGUGUAAGUACAUACAUAAUACUUUGGUUAUUUGCAUAUUCAUUGAAGUGUAAUUUAGGAUGGCAGAUUUAAGUACAAUAAUAAUCUUUGAACGAGACAUAUAUUUUAUUUAAUUAAAUAAUUGAUUUUUUUCUACAAUACAUACAUAUUAUACAUUCCAUCGAGAUUCGUUAGUUUAAUAAUUUGUGAGAGCGAGUAACGUCGAUGGACAAUGUCGAUUUCAUCUCUUAUCAGAAACAACUUCAUUAUAUCAAAUUCACAUACCAUACGCGGAAAAACGAAGAAAAUGCUAUAUCGAAAGACUGGAUACCAGAGUAAUCAAGAGAUUGUAUUUUACACUAACACGAAACACGAUUACGUCUUAAGAAAAUGAGGCUGUCUUACAUCUCGUAUUUAUGAAUAACAUACCGGCAUAACGAUAUAUUGUAUACCGUUCUCAACUGUAUUGUUGUCAUAGAUAUUUUGUUGUAUAAAACAAAUACAAGACAUGUACAAGCAUAUAAAUGAAUAUAUUAUAUGUUUAAAG